AGAUUACAAACAACUUUGAAAGAAACAAUUUCGCAUAUUCAAUUUUUGCUUAAUACAAGAAUGAAUUUUUAUUUGAUGAAUAUGAAGUCAAUGAAUUUAAAUAAAAUAAUAUUAAGUUUAAUUUUUUUUUGCCUUUUAAUGGAUAAUAGCUUAUCAAGGAAUGCAAAUAUUUCUAUUGAAUUUGAAGAUUGUGGAAGCCAGUUCGAGCUGUUAAAAUUACAAAUUGCAUCCUGCAAUCAAGUUCCAUGUAGAGUUGAAAAAGGCAGUUUUGUGACUAUUACAGCAGAAUUUGACGCCAGCAAUUCACCAUAUUCACAAAAUUCAAUGACGCAUGAAGCAUUCUGGAUUAUUGAUGGUGUUGUUCAUACAGCUAUCCUCAUUCCAACUUUGUGUGACUAUUCAUCGAAUUGUCCAAGAAAAACAUCUGAUGGUGGAUUAGAAUUUUCAUCGGAUAUUUAUGUUUCAAAAGGUUUACCACAGGAUUAUUGA